AUGAGUACGACGAAUGGAAUAAGCGGGCAUGGGAGGGAUACCCAUGCCACGGCGGUGUCAGGUGGUGGUAGGGCAGGCCACCCGCCGUCGUCAACCAACGACUUGCGCCAGGAGUUUGGGGUAGGCAACCUGGCCCCAGCUCUGGAUAAUGCGUCAGGAAGUGCAUCGCAGGUAGGCGACCUGGCCUGCGGUGUGUCUAAUGCGUCAGGAAGAGCAGGUAGGGAUGAGGGCCACCUGGAGGAGUGGCAGAAGGCUGCUAGGGCGGCUGAAGGCAUGCGUUUUGCCGGACUCACCAUCAAACGGGAGACGCGGAAGGCGAAGCGUGCGAGGCCCGUAGUUGUGCAGCAACAGCUGCAGCAAGUACAGCAGCAACAACAGCAACAACUGCAGCAAGUACUGCAACAGCUACACCAACAGCCGCAGCGGCAACAGCAGCAGCGUCAGCCGCAGCAGCGUCAGCCGCAGCCGCAGAGACAACAGCAGCAGCAGCAACAACAACGGCAGCAGACGCUGAGUGGAGCAGCGACUGGGGCUGGUGGGACCGCACAGGGGCCCCACACUCCGUGCUGA